ACAGUCGUGUGUUUUCCAUCGGUAAAGAAACAAUAGUCAGCUCCGAUUCAAAGGCGGAUCAGCACCCCAGAAAGAAGAAGAAAUGGCGUUCCUGUUCAAAACUAUCAUCUGCGCAACGUUGCUGUCGCUGGCCGUGGCCGAGUACAGUGUGGAGGAGGAGCACCAACACCAUCAGCCGGGAUUCUCGUACGCCAAGUUCAGCGGCCCGGUCAGUGGACCGGCCCAUGAGGUUCACAUCGUGGACAAGCACGGACACGGACACACCGUUGACUACGUGGCCAAGCCGGACUAUCAGUUCGAGUACGGAGUCGAAGACCCCAAGAGCAAGGUGUCGCAGAGCCGCAAGGAGCAACGCCACGAGGAUGAUCUGCACGGCGAGUACCAGGUCCAGCAGCCGGACGGCAAGCUGCGAGUCGUCAAGUAUAGCGCCAACAAGCAUUCCGGAUUCCACGCUGAAGUGUUGAUCGAUGGAAAACCUUUAUAUGAAGAAGAACUGGCCAAGCUGGCCCAUGAUGCCCAGGAGCAGGCCGCUAGGGCGCACGAACACCACGAGGAACCAGCUUCGUACGGUGGCCAAGAAGAGCAGACCUACGGAGGUGGCGAGGCGUCCGCGUCCUACGGCGGCGAAGAGGGUGGCGAAGAGUACUACCAUUAAGGCACGAUGCAAUCCGAUUUAGAAUACUUAUUCGAUCUUGUUCCUCGCUGAAAACAAUACUCUAUUUAUUUUUAAGGAUCGUCACUUUUUAAAACGUCUAGUCGACACUUUCAACCAAAACGAAAAGCUAAUUGAGAUUGGAAACACCCAAAUACUACUUCGCGCUUCGAAUAGCUCUAUGCUUUUAACUGAUGCAACACAAUAAGCUCAUACCUUAAAUGUGAUAAAACAUAUACUUUCAAACAGUAGAACCGAACAGUACUCGUAGUACGCCGCCUUCCGAUGGCCAAUGUUGUUCGUAUGAAUCUAAAUGAUACCCAACGAAACAAAAAAACGAAAAAACCCAUCAUUGUUAAUUAGUUUGUUACGAACUUGUGUAAAUGUAUAGGAUAAGAUUUUAACGAAAAAGAGAGCCCG